CAUUUGGAGACUUGGAAGCUCUUCUUGCGGCCAGAAAGAUCUUCCAAGGAAAAGCCAAACUCACUGAAAAUCCUCAAUCCUUACUUUCUUACUCGCCCUGCUCUCCAUGGCAGAGAAAGUAGCUCCCUCGCUUCUUCUCUCAAACCCACCUCCAGCAAAACCCCAAUUUCCUAUCCAAACCCACAUCCACCAUCUGCCUAUGAUACCAGCUUCUCCACCCCCACCUAUAACUCCUCUUCUUCAGAACUUGCUCCUUAACAACCAACCCUCAAAUUCUCCAAAACCCAUUAAUCCAAGGACCCCAUCUAAUCAUUCACCUAGACCCCGAACCCGCAUAGGCAAGGCCCGUGACCCCAACCGUGGCAAGCCCUGGUCUCACCACCGUCUUUCUCCUCUAGGUCAGCAAGUUCUUAACUCUUUAAUUGACCCCUCUUUUGAAAGCGCCGAGUUAGAUAAAAUUUUGGGUCACUUAUUUGAGUACUAUCAGGAAGAAUCAAGCUCUAGUAGUGGUAAUGUUGAUAGUUUGUCUAUGGAUAUUUUAGGUAUAAUUAAGGGUUUAGGGUUUUACAAGAAAUGUGAUUUGGCAAUGAGUGUGUUUGAGUGGGUUCGGAAUAGAAAGGAUUGUGAAUUGGUUUUGAAUUGUUCUGUUGUAGCUGUGAUCAUUAGUAUGCUGGGUAAACAGGGUAAAGUUUCAGCAGCGGCUUCUUUGUUAAAUAAUCUGCGUAUAGAUGGGCUCGAUCUUGAUGUUUAUGCUUAUACUUCGUUGAUAACUGCUUAUGCUAGUAAUGGAAGGUACAGGGAUGCUGUUUUGGUGUUUCGGAAGAUGGAGGAAGAGGGGUGCAAACCGACUUUGAUAACUUAUAAUGUAAUUUUGAAUGUGUAUGGAAAAAUGGGUAUGCCCUGGAGUAAGAUUUCUGGUCUUGUUGAGGGAAUGAAGAGUGCUGGGAUUGCUCUAGAUGACUACACAUUUAACACUCUUAUAAGUUGUUGCAGACGAGGGUCUUUGUAUGAAGAAGCUGCUCAGGUUUUUGAGGAGAUGAAAUUGGCAGGUUUUUCACCUGAUAAGGUCACAUAUAAUGCUUUAUUGGAUGUUUAUGGGAAGUCUAGGCGGCCUAAGGAGGCUAUGGAGGUGUUAAGGGAAAUGGAAAGUAAUGGAUUCUCUCCUAGUAUUGUGACUUACAAUUCACUAAUAUCAGCUUAUGUGAGAGACUGUCUAUUGAGGGAAGCAAUGGAGCUUAAAGCCCAAAUGGUGGAAAAAGGGAUUGAGCCAGAUGUUUUCACAUAUACUACGCUCUUAUCAGGAUUUGAGAAGGCUGGGAAGGAUGAAUCUGCAAUGAGGGUUUUUGAGGAAAUGAGAGCUGCUGGUUGUAAGCCUAAUAUAUGUACUUUCAAUGCUUUAAUCAAGAUGCAUGGUAACAGGGGAAAGUUUGCUGAAAUGAUGAAGGUUUUUGAGGAGAUUAAAAUGUGCAAUUGUGUGCCAGAUAUUGUUACAUGGAAUACACUUUUGGCUGUGUUUGGACAAAAUGGGAUGGACUCAGAAGUGUCUGGGGUGUUCAAAGAGAUGAAGAGGGCUGGGUUUGUGCCUGAGAGGGACACUUUCAAUACACUAAUCAGUGCAUACAGCCGAUGUGGUUCUUUUGAACAAGCCAUGGCUGUAUAUAGAAGAAUGCUGGAAGCUGGGGUUGCUCCAGAUCUUUCUUCCUAUAAUGCUGUUUUGGCUGCAUUGGCUCGAGGAGGACUUUGGGAACAGUCUGAGAAAAUAUUUACCGAAAUGAAGGAUGUUUGUUGCAAGCCUAAUGAGCUCACAUACUGUUCUUUGCUUCAUGCUUAUGCCAAUGGCAAGGAGAUUGAGCGAAUGCGUGCUCUUGCUAAAGAGAUAUACUCUGGUGUAACUGAACCUGUUGCUGUUCUGUUGAAGACCCUUGUUUUAGUUAAUAGUAAAUGUGACCUCCUAAUGGAAACAGAGCAUGCGUUCAUGGAAUUGAGGAAAAAAGGCUCACCUGACUUAAGUACUCUUAAUGCCAUGAUUGCAAUAUAUGGCAGGAGGCAGAUGGUUGCCAAAGCCAAUGAAAUUUUGAACUUAAUGAAUGAGAGUGGAUUCAGUCCAAGCUUGGCAACUUAUAAUAGUUUGAUGUAUAUGCACAGCCGCUCAGAAAAUUUUCAGAAAUCAGAAGAAAUUUUAAAGGACAUCAUUGCCAAAGGAUUAAAGCCUGAUAUAAUAUCAUUCAAUACUGUUAUUUUUGCAUAUUGUCGAAAUGGUCGGAUGAAAGAGGCUUCACGGAUAUUCUCAGAAAUGAAGGAUUCUGGGCUUGUUCCAGACGUCAUUACAUAUAAUACAUUUGUUGCAAGUUAUGCAGCUGAUUCUAUGUUUGAGGAGGCUAUUGAUGUUGUUAAAUACAUGAUCAAGAAUGGCUGUAAGCGAAACCAGAAUACAUACAACUCAAUUGUAGAUGGUUACUGUAAACAUAAUCGUCGGGCUGAUGCAAGCAUGUUUGUUAGCAGCCUUCAUGAGCUUGAUCCACAUGUUUCCAAGGAGGAAGAAUGCAGGUUAUCUGAACGUAUAAUGAAGAAAUGGUCAUAGAUAAUUUUGUCUUGAAAUGAAAGGGCAGCUUGGUUGGCUUGCUUUUUUCCUCCAACACAUACGUGCAAAUGUAGAAUGAUGAUUCUACUAAGCUUUGACUAUCCAUUGGAUGAUAGAACAUUUUGCCAGCUCCAAUGCUGGAAUUAUAUGUUGCUCUUUUACACAGCAAACCUUUUUCUACCAUUGGAUUAUAGAAAGGGAAUAGAAGCAAAUGAUGUUUGUUCUGGACAAUUGAUAUCUGGAAGUUGUAAUUGACUUCAAUAGGAACUACACGUCCGCUAGGAUGCAGGUUCUUAUCUCUCAGGAAUGAAGCAAUUUUGAACUUGAAGCUUAUCUUGAGCAUAUCUCCUUUUUCCAGUAUUAAAAAGAUGAAAAGGAUCAUCAGCUGUUUCUAUGAGAUAUAUUUCUCUCCAUCUGGACUGGUAGGAUGUUGAUAACUUGAAUUAACUCUUGGGAUAGACAUUUAGAAUCAAUUUUGCAUUUUCAGAAGCAAGGAGAAUUGUCAAUUUUUCUUCAAAUUGCAUUGCAACAUCUCCACUCCUUGAAGAAGCUCGCGACUGCAGAGUGCAUUGGUUCACAAUUGAUGAGGAUGGUGCACAAACUGACCAUGAUGUCAUGUUCCCCUAGUCAUCAUGCUGCAAUCCAGACACUUAUGAUCAUGGAAUGUGUUAUCAACACCAACACUUAUAUGGUUGCAUCAUACUAGUAUAAUAGUGUGAAAUAAAGUGUCCAAUGGAUUAUGGUUGAAAAACUUGCCAUUCAGAUGAGUCGAGGCUAAAGAGGUUACAUCA